AUGGAUACGGAGCCUGCGUGCGGGGUGGGCGGGGCCAGCGCGGGCGGCGCCAGGGGCGUCGGCGCCGCCGCCGCAGUGGUCGACGCUCGCGACCGAGUGAGCGCCAUAGUUGCUUUGGUUGUCCGGAACCACCUCAGCUUCGCGAUCCCCUCGUUUGACACUCCAUCGUCUGGCUGGGAACGGAUGCACCGCUCGCUGCACCUGCGCCGCCUGUCCGCGGCCGCGGCGCGGCCCGUAUGGCGCGCAUCUCGCUCGUCUUCCUCUUCUGCGUCCCGCGCGGCGCUGACUGUGCUGACGUGUUCUUCCUCGCUGCAGAAUUCGCGGCGUAGCGGAGUGCCCCCCGUGGCUCGCUCCUUCGCUUCCAUCAGCUCCAGCGACGCCCCCAGCGAUCUUCCAGCAGCCGCGGAGGUCUCCACAGCUGCGCCUCUGACCGAAGAACAGCGCGAGAGCGUCGUGGCGCUGCUGAAGACGCGCUGUAAUGCGCUAUACGACGAUAACGAGGCGUACGUGGCAUCGGACGAGGCGCUGUCGCUCUGGUUCCGCAACGUGCAGACGCUACUGAGCCAAUACGAGCCCGCGCAGCUUCGCGACGAGGUGCGGCGCGCGUACGAGAGCGGUGUGGCCAUCACCUCCAAGCAGCGGCAGUUCGAGCUGGCCACGGCACUGACGCAGCAGAUGCAGGCGCAGGGCUUCCUCCCCACGGAGCGCACGCGCCAGAUCCUCAUCCGCAACGUGGCGCUGCAGCUGAGGAGCGGGCCCAGGCAGACGCCGGUGGACGACCUGCGCGCGCUGCUGAGCGACGUGUCCGACGACCAGUGGGAGCGCGAGAUCAUGCGCAUCGUGGAGCGCGAGGAGCGGCCGCUGCAGCUCAAGACGGAGAAGGAGUUCGCGCUGUUCCACAAGAGACUCAUCGCAGGUAUCGAGGCGCAGCUGGAUGACUACGAGCGCGCGCUGGGACUGCCCAAGGGCAGCAAGGAGCUCAAGAUGAAGAGGUCCACGGUGCCGUACAACGAGGCGCUGCGCGUGUACGCCGACAACGGCGUCACGUUCUCGCGCAUGCUGCAGCUGAUGGUGGCGCGCGACCUGGUGGUGGACGUGGAGACGUACGAGGCGCUGCUGCUCGGCGCGCGCUGGAACGAGAUCCCGGCCACGCUUGGUCAGCUGCUGGAGUCGAAGUUUGUGAACGAGUUGGCGUCCACGUCCUCCGAGGAGGCCAGCGAACACGUCCGCGCGAUCUGGAUUAACACGAUGAAGGCGGUGGUGCACUCGAGCACGGAGCGCUUCAGCUCGCUGUCCGCGAGCGUGUACAAGCGAGACGUGGACCAGCUGCGGAAGGUCUUCCUGUUCGUCGACAAGAAGCUUUCGAGUGCCUUCCCCAAGUUCAGCUUCGCUACGACGGAGCAGUACGACGAGGUCUACACGAUGCGUGUGAAGGCAGCGGCGUCGUGCGGACUCAUUGCCCCCGUGAAAAGAAUUCUGGACGAGUAUGUCGAGUCUGCUCUUUCCGCUGGUGAGGGCGAGAAGCCUGCGCUAUCCAAGGAGCCGUUCCUGGCGGCGCUGGAGAUUUUCCCGUGGUCUUUGGUGGAUGUGUUGACGAUCUCGCGCGAGGGUGCUUUGGCGCGCGCGGAGGAACGCGAUGUAGCGACGUCUCCGCGCGUGAUUGAGAUGCGAACGAUGUAUGAGCGCGUUAUGCGCAGACUGACCAAGGCCGAGAAGUCCAUUGAGGAGAUCAAGCGCAAGGUCAACUCGGAGGAUGCUAAGCUGGAUGAGGAGGAACUGCGGGAGCUGCUGAACCAGCAGAAUUUGGCAAACAGCAUGGUGGAGCAGGAGUCCAGGAGAACCACGUCUUUCGAGCGACGACUCAAUAACGCGCGUGUUCUCAAGGCUAACCAGGUGCUGAUGAAGGAGUACUUGCAGCGUGGAGACCGGACGGUGGAUUACGUGUUGAGCAAACUCGUGGACGCCGGUUACGAUGUGGAGCACGACCUGGACGUGAGCACCAAGCUCAUGGAGCAGUACAUGGUAUCGGCUCGGCGUCUGGACAAGCGUCUCACACAGCGACAGAAGCACGCAAGUCUCCACAUGAUGUCUCGCGUGUUUAAGCAGGUGAACUUGGUUUCUAGUGCUGUGCGGUCUGGUACUCUGGAUCCGCAGGACCCGAAGACUCGCGAAAAGCUGGUCCAGUUCUUUGACCACGCCGUGUGCGCCGCCGUUCGAUUCUGGUGCGAAGAAGAAACAGACGCUCUCGUGCGCCAACAGCAACGCCUGCUGGGCACCCAACAGCUCGCCCAGCGCGAGUACGACCAGCUCAUCUUCCAGCGCGUGACCAGCCUGGACGUUCGCGGUGCUCACUCGCUGUUGCAAGAGAUGCACAAUGCUGGUAUGAAGCCGUCACAGGAAGCCAUUCAUCGCAUUGCGCUUGGACUGCUGCAUCAGGCGGAUGGUCAAUCUUACGUGGUAGACGACGUAAAGGAAGAUACUUCAGAGGAAGUGGGCGAAGCGACUACAGAAACCGCGGAGGAAGCGCUCGACUCCGAGGUUUUCUCGCUGCUGAAUGCUUCCGACCGCGAAGCUAUCGAGAAGGAGCUCGAACUCAGUGGCGCGCUGAAGCUCGAGGGUGAUGACGACAAGCUCAGCGCUGAAAGUGCAGCGGCAGCCCGCACUUUGCUGCUGGGUUCCGACGCUCCGGUGACUAUCGAGGACCUCAUUGGCUUCCUGCAGGACUGGUACAACCUGUACGGCGUCGAGCCGCUCGGCAAGACUGUUGUACCUGUGUUGGCACGGUUGCUGGAUGCGAACAACUUCCCAGAGUUCCGCCGUCUACUGCAGAUCCUGGAGUCCAUGCAGGGCGGCCUGACCCCCGCAACGCAGAUCUGGCUCGAGAAGCGACUCGACCAGCUCGGCGGCAAGACGCUCGAUGACUUCCGUCUGAAUUAGGAGGGAGGCUGUGGCGUGCAGCUUCUAGUUUUGUUCGGUAGAUAGAUCACGUCCUACCUGUUAGACUUUGAGUGGAAGUGAGCUCCAUUCCAUGCAGACAUCACCACUAAGCAUACCUAGCAACCAGUUAUCGCACAAAAUGCAGUUCUCACGUUUGUCCUCAUAUC